GCGCACGCGCGGCGGCGCUGAGGGGAGCGGCGGGGCGCGGGUUCGGCUGUUUGAAGGCGGCGGCGGCGGAGGACAUGCAUCACUUUGAGGAAGAAUUAACGUGUUCCAUUUGCUAUAGCAUAUUUGAAGAUCCACGCGUUCUGCCCUGUUCCCAUACGUUUUGCCGGAAUUGUCUGGAGGGUGUUAUUCAGCUGUCAGACAACUUUUCCAUUUGGAGACCCCUGAGACUCCCUCUGAAGUGUCCUAAUUGCAGGAGUAUUGUUGAAAUUCCAGCCGCUGGUAUCCAGUCGUUGCCCAUCAACUUUGCAUUGAAAGCUAUUAUUGAAAAAUACCAACAGGAAGAUCGCUCUGAUGUUGCAACCUGCAGUGAACAUUACCGGCAACCGCUGAACGUUUACUGUCUUUUGGAUAGAAAAUUGGUGUGUGGCCAUUGCCUUACAAUAGGGAAACACAACGGCCAUCCCAUAGAUGACCUUCAAAGUGCCUACCUAAAAGAAAAGCAGAAUUCUGGAAAAAUUCUCGACCAGCUGACUGAUAAACACUGGACUGAUGUAUGUUUGCUCAUUGAAAAGCUGAAAGAACAGAAGUCGCAGUGUGAAAGCAUUGUUCAGGAGGAUAAAAAAGCAGUAGUCCAUUAUUUUAAGAAACUUAGUGAUACCUUGGAGCACAAAAGACAAGCUCUGCUGACUGCCCUGGAUGAAAUCAACACACGCAUUUUGGAAGAAUACGAGCCUCUCAUUGAGAAGUUGAAAAAAAUAAGGGAAGAACAGCUUGAAUUAAUGUCACUGAAUACAGCUAUUCAAAAAGAAGAGUCCCCACUUAUUUUUCUUGAGAAGGUGGAUGAUAUGCAUCAACGUAUAAAAGCUUUGAAACAGAAGCAACUACCGGAUGUUAAACCUGUGGAGAUUUAUCCGAGGGCUGGGCACCUGUUGAAAGAUGUGUGGUCUAAAACUGAAAUCGGUCACAUCAACAAGAUCGUCACUCCAAAAAUAAAUCUGAUUCCGAAAAGGAAGUUACGCAGCAAAGGCAGUGGAAAGGAAGGAAAAGAAUCUAAAGUGCUCCUCCAGGCUGUAAAUCCUUUAGCUGUCCUGCUUCUUUUUAUAAUGCUGGUAACUCUGUGUUCGUUUCACAAAGUGGUAUCAUCAGCUGUAACUGAAGCUACUCCUGCUCAUAUCUCCGCGUUCUUGCUGCUUAUUUAUCAAGAUUUCUGUACCCAUUUGCAGAAUAUGAUGGAUGUGCUGUGCCAUGCAUUUGAUUUACUGGUAGAGUUUUUAGGGAGGAUUGUUUCUCUUAAGACUUUUCAGUGACUAGUUUAAAAGCUAGUGUAGGAAUCCCCAGGAUGUUUUUUAAUUUCUACUUAAAAGCUGGAUUGUUAAAGCUCUACACUUUUCUGUUUCCGUAUCCUUUCUUUUUCUGUAUUGUAUAGAUUUCCUCUUAGCUAACUCUUAGUUAACUGAGAAGAUUUGCAACAAAACAGGCUUCCUCUUCUGCUCACACCAUACGGUCGGUUGGUAGGGGUUUGUUUAAACUGGGAGCUGGUGAGAAACAGUGUCUGUCUAAGAAACCUCCAAGCAGUUUACGAAUUGUAAUCUGGAGUCCUGUUCGUAAAAAAUCUUUAAACAUCUACUACCUUUUUCCCCCCCCCCGGUAAUGUAAUUUUAAAUUGUUUUUUAAAUAAAGCCACUUUAAAGGUUAAAAAAACACCACAGGCUGCAAACGGGCUAGUCCAGGACAGGUCAGGCACUAGCUCUGGUGUGCAUAGAACACCUGGUGUUUUACUGACCUCUCUGAAUGUAUUUUAACUGAUACACCUCCGUGCUUUAAAGCAUAUAUUCAUUUGGUUUCAUUUGGCUUGUUCCUGGUUACUAGUGGGUGACGUGAUUUCAUCUGUUUGGGUUUUUUUAACCUCUCUUUAAUAACUUUGUGUCUUUGAAAUGGUUCUCUCCACUUUACAGAGCAGUAACUGUUGCGCUUGUGGUGAAAUGCUGCAGACAGGUUUUCAGUGACAGCUAUGCACAAACCAGGUGUGUGUUUAGUCUGCUUACAAACAUGAGCCCUGAAUUUUUGCUAAAUCAUUUAAUAGGUAGUGAAAAUAGAUACAUAAGCAGCAAAACUCCCACUGCAGUCAGUGGUAUAAGGAUUUCAAACGUUGUCAAGAGCUUUUGAGAACGACUUGACGAUUAAUGUAAAUUUAUAUCGAGCUUUUCAGCACAAGUAACAGAGAUCUUUACCUUGACAGAGGAGAAACACGAUAGCACUCAGAUGAUCACUGACGCUUUGCUACUUCUGAGGUGAUGCUGCAGUCUAAACUGUGCUCAGGAGCUAUAUCCCCAGUGAGAGCUGAUUUUGGCCUUCAGUUGUUAACAGGCUGAUUACAGCAAGUACUGGGACAGCCUUGGAGAGCUGCAGUUACGACAGCAGAACACGGGUGAGCUUACAACUCUCUAAAAACCCCAAAAUGAGCAUUCGCCAUGGCUAAUUGUAUUUGACUUGAUAAAAAUAGUAGCAUAUUCUAGAUAGCAGCGUUCCUUGGCUGUUGUAUAUUUUUAAAUAAUAGAAUUUGUUUAAAUAGUGAAUGAUUUCUGAGGCUAGCUUUUAACUACGAGGUGUUUUAAAACCCUUGUGCAAACCAAAACUUGCCCAUGGCUACCAGCUAGUACUAGUGGGAUCCUGCAAAAUACCAGUUGCUGCCAGGUCAGCCCUCAGAUGCGAUGCUGAUACAUUCCUUAAAUAAAGAUCCUAAUAAGAAUAUUGCCAUCCUGAUACUGCUGUAUUGAUAAAACCCCAAGUCCAGCCACACGGCUACUGUGCAGCUCGGUGGAUUUGCCUCUCUGCGGUUGGUGGAGGCAGGAGCCAGCAGCACGCAGAGGGCUGGGCCUUUGCCUGUGUGUGAGGAGCUGUUUCUAGAAUUUGUACAUACGUUUUCUGUAACAUUUUAGAGUUACAAAGGCAAAUCCCACGAAAACUACUGGUCAGGGUUUGAAAUAGCGUUUGGGUGUAUUCUGAGACUGCAUAAAUGCUGUCAUAUUAAUUUCUCAAUAAAAUCAGGAAUUUGUCUUAAGCCCUGGUAGAAGGCUGUCACUUGGUAUGUCAGUCUCUUAAAACCCGGUGCUACGUGUCUGUCUGCUACUACGUGGUGCUUUUUUAACUUACCUUCCUUUUAUUUCCUGACUUUUAAAAACUUACAGAGUUUGUAAUGCAACUUUAUUUUUCAAGACUAGAGGAAUUUAUAAAAUGCCUUUACCACCGAUUGAAACGUUUAGUACUUGUACUUAUAAUGCAGUAUGUUUUAAUAAAUUUGCAUACAAA